AUGCCUCGAUGUUUGAAUUCUGAAGAAUUAAUGGAGGUUUUCAAUGAGCUUGAUAAUAAUGGAGACGGUGUUGUCAGUCGACAGGAAUUAACUACAUGUUUAGUGAAAGCCGGGAUUUCUAUGGCGAAAAUCGAACAAGUAAUGAAUCAACUAGAUCUAAAUCGAGAUGGUUAUAUUACUCUUGAUGAAUUUAGAACAGCUUUAGGAUUGAAUAAAGAACCUGCAGCCGAAUGGAGACGUUUAUUCAUUCAAAUAGAUCAUGAUCGAAGUGGUGAAAUUGAUGUGAAUGAAUUAAAAUCAUUAUUUGAUGAAACUGGUAUGACUGUAUCACGUACAGUAUUAGAGGAAUGGAUACGUGAAAAUGAUAUAGAUGAAGAAGAGAAUAACUUAUACAAACUAAAGAGAUCAUCAAUAAAUACAAUGUCGAAUAAAGAAGCGUUGAUCAGAUUGUUUCAUAAAUUAGAUGAAAGUGGGGAUGGCAUUAUUUCAUGUGAUGAAUUAUACUCAGGAUUAAGUAAAGCUGGGGUUUCCCCAACUAUUAUACAGAAAUUGAUGGAUCGUUUGGAUCUAAACGGUGAUGGAAAGGUUACAUUUUCGGAAUAUGAAACAGCAGUUGGAAUCAAUAAUGAAUAA